AUGGACCUCCCAAGUUGCGCGCUGCCGUGCCUGAUCUCGGCUGUAGGCAACUCAACAUGCGAGCUCACCGAUACAGCCUGUGUCUGCGGGACUCCCCAGAUCGCAGCGCAGCUUGAGCCAUGCAUUCUGGCUGCAUGCACCGUCAAAGAAGCCUUGACGUCGAAGAACAUGACCUACACGAUGUGCGACUACCCAAUGGACGCCGACGUAGGCGUCUUUCCCAUUACGAAUAUCGUCGGGAUAGCAGUCGCAAUUGCAGCGGUGCUUAUGCGUCUGGCCAACCGGGCGAUGGAUAGGAAGCUGGGCCUGGAUGAUUAUAUCUUGAUUUUCUCGCUGUUCCUUGCGGCUGCAAUCUCUGGCAUUGGAAUCGAGCUCCGCAACUACGGCCUGGGAAAAGACAUGUGGACGAUCCCCUUCGACGACAUCCGGCAGAUCCUCAAACUGUUCUUCAUCGAGGAGGAAAUAUACUGCGUCUGCAUCGCCACUAUAAAAAUCUCAGUGCUAUGCCUGUAUCUCAAUAUCUUCCCGAACCGCGGCGUGCGCAUUGCUACGUACACCCUGCUGGGUCUGACGCUUAUCUGGCUGAUUACCAGCUUCUUCUUUCUGCUCUUCUCGUGCUCGCCCAUCAGCUACUACUGGAAUAUGUGGGACGGCGAACACACCGGGAAGUGUUUCAGCCAUGAUAAGAUCCUGGUGGCGCACUCGACUAUCAAUAUCAUACUGGAUGUACUGAUUGUUGGCCUUCCGAUGCCGACGCUGGCGACGCUGCAUAUGCCGCUGGAGAAGAAACUGGGUGUUUGUGCCAUGUUUGCCGUGGGCAUUGUCGUCACGGUCAUCAGCAUCAUGCGACUCGUCGAAACAGUCGGCUUCAACAAAACCAGCAACCCAACACGCGACUUCGUCCCCGUCGGAAUCUGGUCGCUGCUCGAAUUCGACGUCGCCAUCAUGUGCGCCUGCAUGCCCGCCAUCCGCUCGCUCAUAAUCCGCAUCUACCGCGGAAAUUUCAAACCACACCUCACAGCACUCACGAACAGUCUCUCCGGAUCAACACGGUUCGGGAGUAACAACACCUCGAACAAUAACUCGAAGAACGGGAGCGGGUCGCGGACGAGGGUGUCGCAUAAUCUGUCGGCGUCGUUGACUGGGACGAAAUCCCGUGCGAAGGGCGCGGAUGAUGCUAUCGGCCCGUUUAUUCGUCUUGAUGAUGUGGGCACGACGGCUGAUGCUUAUUAUACUGGUGCUGGGCGUGAUACUCCUGGGGGUGGCCGUGCUACUCCUGGAACUGGUGGGUUGGGUCAGGGUCUGUCUGGACCGGCUCCUGGGAGUCCCGGGGUUGUUCCUGCCCCUGCGUCUUUGCAGAGUCCGAGUAAGGGGUAUUUUAAGCGCUGGAGUCCGUUCUCGAGGAAGUCGAGUGAGCCUCCGCAGACGCCGAUGUUGCCGCCGGCGCCCAAGUCGCCCAGUUCGACGUUUUUGGUGGGGCGAUAA